GGGUAUGGAAACGCGAACUGCCAAUGCUCCGAGACGUGUGUCUUGUGUGAGAUGGGACGAAUCUAAUGUUCGCGAUAGCCCGAAGCCCGCUGCCAAGGGUCCGAAACGACGCCAGCAACAGCCCCACACGCUCGUGAUUGGGUUUCCACCAACUGUGUACUGCAGCCCUUACCCCAUGGGAAAGCGCCACAACCCGCGGGGUAUGCAGCAGCAAGGAACUCUGACCGACACGACUGGCAAAGGAUAGGAAACCAGAAUGGCAAAGACUUGGUUUUCGCUCAGUGUUCAUGGCAGAGCUCAUGAUACUUAAACUCGGGUGGAGAAUACUUUGUUGUGAAGAAACUCCAACGAAGCAGCACUUCCAGCGCCUGCAUUAUACCACCGCACCAAAGUUCUUUCUUGACGACCGCGCACGACAAUGCCGCCUUCUCAAGAUGAGAUCAAGGUCAUGACGCCCGACGGCGAACGCAACGUCGUCAUGGUCAAUGGCAAAGAGAUUGUCGUAAGCUCCGCCACCGAGAAGCCUAACCGCUCUUUCUGGGUUGCUUGGAUGUACAUCUUCGAUUGGUAUCCGAGUCAUUACUCUCCCGAAGAAAAACGAUUAGUACGAAAGCUCGACUGCGUCUUGCUUACUUUGUGUUGCCUUUGCUUCUACAUAAAGUGGCUGGAUCAGAACGCACUCAAUACCGCGUAUUGGUCUGGCAUGCGGGAAGAGUUGGCGAUAAAGGGCAACGAAUAUUCGCUCUUCGGGACUUUCUACAACAUCGGUUACAUGAUCUUCGAAAUACCGAGCAUGAUGAUCAUCUCACGUCCAAAGCUGGCUCGCUAUUACGUUCCGACCAUGGAAUGCGCCUGGUCUAUCCUGACUUUCACGCAGUCCCGCUUGAGCAGCGUACCGCAGAUCUACGGGCUUCGCUUCCUUCUCGGUGUCCUAGAAACGCCUGCUUCGACUGGCUCGAUCUAUCUUCUCACUUCCUGGUACCGCGCUGAUGAGGUGUUCAAGCGCGCCGGUGUCUGGUAUGUUUCGAGCAAUGCUGGCGCUAUGUUUAGCGGCUAUCUACAAGCCGCUGCCCACAAGAACCUCGACGGAGUCCAUGGGAUGUCGGGAUGGCGCUGGUUGUUCAUUAUCGAUGGAUCCAUCUCUUUGCCUAUUGGUCUCGCUGGCUUCUUCCUAUACCCUGGACUUCCCACUAGUCCAAAGGUUUGGUGGCUGACAGAAGACGAGAGAAAGCUCGCCGUUGCACGCAUGCAAAGCCAGGGUACGAAGCAGAGCGGCAAGAUUGGCAAACGUAUGCUUAAACGCGUAUUCACUCACUGGCACUUCUACGUCGCGGUCUUGACAUACGUUUUCUUCCAAUGUACGAGCUACGUUGGUGGUCAGAUGCAAGCUUGGCUCAAGAAGGAAGCCGAUCUCAACGGUACCUACACCAUCGAAGAGAUCAACCUCAUCCCCACCGGAGUUCAGGGCCUGGCCAUCGUCUGUGGCAUUUUCAUCACUAGCUUGGUGAUGAUAUAUCCGAUGUGGAUCGUUUUUUCAGUCGUUACAGCAAUCUUGCUUUUCGCAAAUGUGUGCUUGCGAGUGUGGUACAUCCCACUUGGCCUUCAUUUUACUUGCUAUUACCUGCUUGGCCUGACAUCUUGCGUCACCCCCAUCCUGUUUCCGUGGGUAAACAUGAUAAUGAAGGAUGACAACGAAGCACGAAGUUUCACCACUGGUGCAAUGAUGACCAUCGGUUGGGCCUUCUUCUCCUUCUAUCCAAUUACAGUAUUUCCUAUCCUGGAAGCGCCGCAGUGGACUAAGGGCUAUACUGUCAACAUCGUCUUCAUCAUUUGCUACUGGAUUCUCUUUAUGGUUGGACAAUACCUCUGGCGCCGCGAGGAGAAGACUAAGAAGUUUGACAUCAACAGGCAAGAGGACGAAGAUGUUCUUAACAAACCAGAAGCAGUGCACAUCGAGGUUGCAGAUGACAAGACUAUGAAGGAAGGUAGACCUUGAGUUCCGGAGAAUACCAGCAUUCACAAGAUUAUGAAUAUCUGAAUCGUCGGAAUGAUCAUGUUUGUCUCGGGGUUAAGAACUCGGUUGAUACAGUUUCAACGGCUUGGCGAUCUCGGGCUAUCUUCGCGAUAUGUCUAUCCGAAGUGAGGAGCUGCUAGAUGAUAAAGCACCUCGACGCC